UUCGCCCAUUGUGGUUCCCACAGCCGUGCUUUCACUCCUCUUGUCUUGUUCUCUUUGAAGAACUUGCUCCAUCACAUAAUAUUUUAAGCCAUCAAUUUCGACGGUCACAUGCCAGAAGGUGCUCUGUCCAAUGGAAAAUGAAAACUAAUAAAGCUAAUCACAUGUACAUCCAAGUAGCUCAGAGCCACCAGGGAACUCCUCCUCCUCCGGCCGGCUCCGACCAUUUGUUGUACUUGAGAGGAAGACGGUUAUACAGAAAGAUCCGUAACAUAACAUUUCGUCUGAGACACAAACGGGAAUGGCGGUUAACUUCGGGAAGUCGGUCCUAGUCCCGAGUGUCCAAGAGCUGUCCAAGCAGCCCAUCCUCAACCUCCCGCCUCGUUAUGUCCGUACAGAUGAUGGUCAGCAGCAGCUAUCACCUCCUCCAGCUAUCGACUCCGAUGACCUGUCGUCGUCCCUGUCGGUCCCUGUUAUCGAUGUGUGGAGCUUGGGCGGUGGAGACUCAGCUGAGCUCGGGAAGCUGCACUUCGCCUGCAGGGAGUGGGGAUUCUUCCAGGUUGUGAACCAUGGAGUGAGCACUUCGCUGUUGGAGGAAUUCAAGGGAGAGGUGCAGAACUUCUUUGGCCUCCCGUACGAGGAAAAGAAGAGGUUGUGGCAGACACCAGCAAACCAUGAAGGGUUCGGUCAGCUCUUUGUGGUAUCGAAUGAACAGAAGCUGGACUGGUCCGACAUGUUCUACAUCACCACGUUGCCGCUCUGUCUCAGGCAAACCGAUCUGUUUGAGAAACUGCCUCUGACGUUCAGGGAAAAGUUGGAAACCUAUUCCAUUGAAGUGAAAAAGCUGGCUAUGUUAAUGUUAGGAUACAUGGGAAAAGCUCUGAAAAUAGAUGACAAGGAGACAAGGGAAAUGUUCGUCGAUGGUGUCCAGUCCAUGAGAAUGAACUACUACCCCCCAUGUCCCGAGCCCGAUAAGGCAAUCGGUUUCUCUCCUCAUUCUGAUGCCGAUGCUCUCACAAUCCUCUUCCAGCUCAAUGAAACAGAAGGCCUGCAAAUACAUAAGGAGGGGAGAUGGGUGCCUGUUAAGCCGCUCCCUAAUGCUUUUAUCGUCAAUGUUGGGGACAUUAUCGAGAUUUUUAGCAACGGAAUUUACCGGAGCAUUGAACACAGGGCGACCGUGAACUCGAUGAAGGAGAGGCUAUCUGUUGCCACAUUCUACAGCUGCAAACUUGACGCUGACUUAGGUCCUGCCCCUAGCCUAAUUACCCCCGACAACCCUGCGGUUUUCUGUACUGUUCCAGUCGAAAAGUACUUCAAGGACUUCUUCGCUCAGAAGCUAAAUGGGAAAUCGUAUUUGGACUUCAUGAGAGUAUAUAAUCAUGUAGAGCAUCAGAAAUUCGGAAAAGGUAGCUAGCAAGAAUGGAGGAAUUGCCCAUGAAUGAGGGUGGUAAUGGUAUUUGGCGCAAAAUAUUGCAUCUUCAAGAUCGAAGCACUGCUUUCUUCUCAUGGAACUGCAACAGAUGGAAUUUUCAAUAUUUAUUGAGAAAAAUUAUAUCAA